AUGUUAUCUACACUUUUAAAAAAUUAUUAUUUAAGAUCUUGGUUAUUUUUAUUAUAUUUGACUUUUUUUUUAAUAUCUUCUAAAUUUAUUUAUUCAUUACCCCCAAGUUAUCAAUGGACUAAUGCAUGGACAGAUGUUACAGAUCAAGGAGCUGAGUAUAUAUUUACUAAUACAACUCAACCUUGGUUUGAUGGAAUAUCUUUUAGAUUCAUAGGUGAAUUUAUAUUUACUAAAGAUAAAGAUACUAUAGUUACAAUAUAUAAUGGAAAUAAUAUUCAUUGUAAAUUAUCUAUUGAUUAUAAAUCUCAGCUUGUUAUAGCUGAAUCUUCAUCAGAAAGUGGAGAGUACAAUAUAAAUCAAUAUACUUUUUUUCCUUUUACUUAUGAACCUCAAAAUAUUAAAAUAGAUAUUGCUGUUGAAAAGUUAAUAUGGCCAGGAGGAUUUUAUUUUUAUAUAGUAGGCAAUGGUCCUUAUUAUUACUGCCGUUCUGUAACUUAUGUACCUAUUACCAAUAUCAAGUGGGGAUCAGAUCAAUUACGAAAUUAUACUGUAAAAAGAAAUAUUCCUUUAGGCGAUCCCUAUAGACGUAUUUAUAUUGCUGAUGGAUGGCCAAGAAUGAUGGAUUUUGUAAAUAAUAAUUUAUACUAUGUAAAUAAUACUGUAGUUGAUAAAACAACAGGAACACCUACCUCGGAUAGAAUUCCAACUGAAUAUAAAUCUUGGCCUUAUGGAAUGGAUGCACAUAUUUUUGGAUCUGGAAUGUGGCCUACUAAUCAGUAUUCAUAUAGAUGGAAUUUGACAAUAGCUGUUAUGGCAUCAACCGAUAAUACAGAUUACUACUAUAGGCUAGAUAAUUACUUUACACACUUUGGAUAUAAUAAAAUGUGUACUAUUAAUAGAAAUACAAUAUAUAAUAACCAUAAUUUAACAAAUGAUAGACCUUAUGCGUUUGAUACAGAUUUUGGUGCCCAACCUUUUACUGUUGUAUUAAUAAAUCAACCAUUUGGUGUUGAACUUUUUGCAAGAGAAAUGCUUUGGACACCAGGUGGAGGUUAUACAUGUGGUCGUUACAAUUAUAAUGCUCAAAGCUUUGGUAUUUAUACAACUCAGCAAGAAUAUUUUCGUAGAGUAGCUCCGAGAUAUGGAAUAACACCAGUUAAUUGUGAGUAUUCACAAUGGUCUGCAUGGAUGCCAUGUAGUAGCACAUGUAAAGGAGGUACAACAUAUAGAUGGCGUUAUCCAUUAAGUGAAGUAAUGGCAGGUGGUUUAGAAUGUCCUAAUACAAUGCAAGAAUCUCUAUGUAAUGUAAAUAUAACUUGUAGUCCCUGUGAAUUUGGAGAAUGGUCUGUAUGGAGUGAAUGUUCUGCAUCUUGUCGAGGAGGUAUAUCAACAAGAACUAGAACUUUAAUCAAUAAUAUUACUGAUUGUAUGAAUAUGGUAUUACAAUCAAUGAGUUGUAAUAAUAUUCCAUGCCCUAUAAACUGUAUUCUUUCUGAAUGGAGUUCUUGGACUCCUUGUCCUAGUAAUUCUUGUUCUGCAACUAAAUCACGAUAUAGAGUAACUGUAACUGAAUCUCAAUAUGGUGGUAUUCCUUGUCCACCAGAAGAACAACUUACUCAAAUUACUUUUUGUCUUGAAAAUUGUACUAAUAUUUGUGAAGAAGGAACUACUGGGUCUGAAAUAUGUAAAAAUGGUGGUAAAUGUAUUAAUUAUGGAAUUGGUCAAUACAUAUGCAAAUGUAAACCUGGAUAUUUUGGAGUAAAUUGUGAAAUUUCAUCAGAAAAUACUGCAAAUAUAGUAGUUGGAAUAUCAAUAGCUGGUGUAGUUACCUUAAUAGGUAUUUCCAUUUGGUAUUUUGCUAAUAGAACAUAA